AUGAAAGCUCAUAAUUUAUUAGGACCACUUGCAUUUUCUAUGUUUGUAAUAGGAGAAAGCCAGGAUACAUUUAGAAUAAACUUCAAGGUUUUAACAGGCAAUGAUAGGAGCGAUCUCUCGUUUUCUGACAGAACGACAUAUAUCAUGAAGAGAGAUUCCUCAGAAAUGGAAUUACAAAACAGACAGACAUUUUACUUGGCUAACAUAAAGAUAGGAUCUAAUGAAGAUGAAGUAGGAGUUUUAGUCGAUACAGGGUCUUCAGACUUGUGGAUUAUGUCCCAUGAUUUGAAUUGUGAAAGUACUUCAUCAUCAUCAAAAAGAGAUAUACUUGUGGAUAGUAAGUUACCAAAUGAGGGAGAUAGUGAUAGAAAGAAAAUAAUAUCGGAAAAUAAUGAUCUAGAACAUCUAGAACACAUUUCCGAAUCAAGUGUUAAGAUUGAAGGCAACGUAAGACAAAUUUUAAAAUCUUCAAAUGAUAAUUGUACGAGAUACGGAUCAUUUAGAGUUUCCAAUUCUAAUUCCUUUAACAGAAAUGAAUCAGCUAAUCCCUUCUCAAUUAAUUAUGCUGAUGGAACGCAUGCACGUGGCUUUUGGGGCACUGAUGAUGUUAGUUUUGGUAAUGUGACGGUAAGGGGAUUAUCAUUCGCAGUUUCAAAUGAUACAAGUUCAGACAUUGGAGUAUUAGGUAUAGGACUUCUGGGAUUAGAAACUACAUAUUCUAGUCAGUAUGGGGGUAAUUACCAAUACGAGAAUUUGCCUUUGAAAUUAAAGAAUCAGGGUACUAUUAAUAAAGCCUUGUACUCGGUUUAUUUGGGUGAAGAAGACUCAAGAACUGGUACUAUCUUAUUUGGAGCAGUUGACUCUGCUAAGUAUUCUGGUGAUUUACAGACAGUUAAGAUAGUAAAUUCUGCGAUAAAUUAUGGUUAUUCGGAACCAAUUAGAAUUGAGGUUAUUGUAAAUGGAAUCACUUUGAAUGAUUCAAAUACUGAAAUUCAGAUAGCGUCAAAUGACUAUACAGCCGUUUUGGAUACAGGAUCGACAUAUUCAUAUUUUCCAAGAUCGCUUUUGACCUCCCUUGGUGAAAGCCUAAAUGGGCAAUUUUCCUCUUCUUUGGGGGCGUAUAUAGUUGACUGUAUUGAUGAUGAUGAUGAUUCUUACGUUGCGAUUGAUUUUAGUGGCUUUAAAAUAAAUGUCCCUUUAAGAAGCUUGAUACAAAGAUACAGUUAUAACCAAUGUUUUUUGAGUGUUUUACAACAAUCAGGCUCAGAUUACAUAUUAUUUGGUGAUAAUGUCUUAAGAAGUGCUUAUCUUGUUUAUGACUUAGACGACUUUGAAAUUUCCAUAGCUCAAGCUAGAUAUACAACCGAGGAAGAUAUAUCAGUUAUUUCCUCGUCCGUUCCAAAUGCUAUUCAGGCCCCUGGAUAUUCAUCAACAUCACUACCUAGUUCAGCAGACGGAUCUGGAGGAAGCGACUCAACAUUUGGCGAUGAUUCUAAUUCGGGCGGAAGGAGUUCUAGUGCUUCAAUGAACAAAGUAUCUAAAGCCAAACUAUAUAGUUUAUUUAUUGGUUUGGGUCUCCUAGUUCCUUUAUCAGUAUAUUAG